CAGAGUGUUGGAGAAACACCGGGAGAAAUGAACCCGGCGCUGUGGAGAACGUGGAAGUGUGUGCUCUCUGUGGGGAGGCUACAAACCCCGGGAGCCUUGCAGAUAUCAAGCCAUCGUACACUACAUGUUGGUGUUCAAAGGAGUCAAGAAGCCAGUGAGAAUGUUAGCGGCCUGAAAGUAGAAACUGAGAGUCAAAGUUCAAAAGAUUUUAGUCCAGUUCCACCUCUUCCAGGACAAAAUAGCCAAUUAAGGUGGGGAGGUAAAAAGUUUGAAGAAAUACCUAUUGCUCAUGUAAAAGCAACUUACAACAAUACUCAUAUACAAGUAACAAGUCAUGAGAGCCAGUCUCUAGUGCGCACGUCCUGUGGUACAGAAGGCUUCAAAAAUGCCAAGAAGAGCACUGCAGUGGCUGCUCAGACCGCUGGCAUUUCUGCUGCAGCAAAAGCUAUUGGUAAAGGUGUUUCCCAUGUGCGCGUGGUUUUGAAAGGACUGGGACCUGGCCGAUUGUCUGCCAUUAAAGGUUUGACAAUGGGAGGACUAGAAGUGAUUUCAAUAACAGACAACACCCCCAUUCCCCACAAUGGCUGUCGCCCACGCAAAGCACGCCGUAUGUGACGAGAACCAGAGAAUGGACUAGACGUAUCAUCCGAAUGUAUAACUUGUGGCAUUUAUAGCAAGUCUUUAUUGGUCGAGAGGGACAGAUAUUCUGCUGUCGGAUGUAUCGCUGGGACCCACACUCCCCUCACAGUUAUCCUCCGGCACCUCAGCUCAAUGUUACGGCUACGUCGGCUUGCUCAGGCUGGAAACCUGGGUUGGAAGGGUUAACUGGGGCACCAGGAAAA